AUGAGAGUAGCAUCUGACUGGUGGAAUGUAUCCUGCGCCCUACUCUUGAUUUUCGAUCACGAAACCGCCGCCGAGGUCGCGGAUGAGCUCGCCGAGGAAAUUGCUGGCUAUGGCGAUGGGCCGGAGUAUGACGCCAUUCUGGCAUUCGGCGCGUUCAGCUACCCCGGUAACAAAAGAGCCAACGAAGCAAUGAUGCGAGUACGCCGGAAGCUAGACGCAGGCCUUGGUGAACAACUAUUCGGCGAGUACCGCGCUUGUAAAAUUGGCAUUACACAGGAUGUGUCAGAUGUCGAAAUCGCCAUGCAGGGCGCAAGAUUUAAAACCCUAAUACUAGCAGCCCUCAUGAUGGGGGUCGGCGCGAGGAUCACCGAUACCGAGAAAGCCCAUCUACGCAAGGUUUGUGCGAUUUACGACGGGUUUUUGCCAGAGUGCGGCGUUGUUGGGUCUGGGGAAAGGCAGUUCCUCUUCGCACUCAGGACCUACACGGCUGGAAAGCCCAGGGACUGGACAAGGCUGAACUGUUGUAAGUUAACCGGUGCUCUGCGCUUGCUGCUGGCCUAA